AGGCGGCUCGUUCUCCGUUGGCGGCAAGGCGUCGCUAUGGCUUCUCUCAGGGUAGUCGCACUGUUUCUGGUGCUGCUUGGCGUGGCGGCAUCGGCGCCGGCCUCCGAGUCAACGCAGCCAAACAUUGUCUUCAUCGUCGCCGAUGACCUGGGCUUCAACGACAUCUCGUGGCACAACUCGGACAUCCUGACGCCCAACCUGGCCCAGCUGGCCGGAGAGGGCGUCCUUCUAGAGAGGAGCUACGUCCAGCCUGUGUGCUCGCCCUCGCGCUCGGCGGCUCUCACCGGCCUCUACCCGUACCACAUGGGUACCCAGCGCAGCGCCUACCUGCCGUGCCAACCGACCGGUCUGAGCGUCAACUUCACCCUGCUGCCCGAACGGCUGCGCUCUGUCGGCUACAGCACACACGCUGUCGGCAAGUGGCACCUGGGCCACUGUGCACCCGAGUACCUGCCGCACAACCGUGGCUUCGACUCCUUCUACGGCGUCUGGAACGGCCGGGAGGACCACUUCACGCACACCCUGAACGGCAGCCUUGAUCUCAGAAGCAACGACGAACCGGACUGGGACCAGAGCGGCGUCUACUCCACGGAGCUGUUCGCCUCGCGCGCCGAGCGCAUCAUCAGCGAGCACGACAAGUCCAAGCCGCUGUUCCUGUAUCUCCCGUUCCUUGCUGCUCACCAGCCCGUCCAGUCGCCGGAGGAGCUCGUAGAGCUCUACCCCAACAUCCCCAACGACCUCCGUCGCACGUUCAGCGGCAUGGUGACGGCCAUCGAUCUCGCUGUCGGGCGAGUUGUCGAGUCGCUGAAGGCGUCCGGCCUCUACGAGAACUGCGUGAUCGCGUUCAUCAGUGACAACGGUGGUAACGUGACAGCGGCCGGCAACAACUGGCCCCUGCGCGGCUUCAAGAACACCCUCUGGGAGGGCGGCACCCGCACGCCGGCGUUCGUUGUGUCUCCGCUGCUGCAGAAGACCGGCUACGUGAGCUCAGAGGUGAUCCACGUCACCGACUGGGCGCCCACCUUCCUCCGGCUGGCCGGUGUCGACACCUCGGACCUCAACGUCGACGGCGUGGACCAGUGGGAGACGCUGUCGACCGGGUCACCGAGCGCGCGCGACGAGCUCGUCUACAACAUAGACGAGCGCGACGACGGCGACUUCAGCGCCGCGCUGCGCCAGGGCGACAUGAAGCUGAUCUGGGGAUAUCCCGGACGCUACAGCGACUGGUACCCGGUGCCGGACUCCAACGAAGACGCCGUGCAAGACCGGUCCGAUGCGGUUAACAUCGAUAGCGAGGACGAGGUGGACGCUGUGGACGUUUCAGCAAGCCAGCACGGAGACCCUCAGCCUGUGUACCUCUUCAACGUCACUGCCGACCCGGAGGAGCGGGUGGACCUGGCGGAGCAGAUGCCGGACGUGGUGAAGAGGAUGCAGGACAGGGUGCUGGAGCUGAUGGAGGACCUGGUGCCGGCCGACUACCCCAAGCAGAUCAUCGACGGCUACCCGACGAAGGGACUGUGGGAGACAGGAUGGUGCGACGCUCACUGAUCGGCUGUCCUGCCACAGGCGGUACCUGCGAGUUGUUACCGCCGAUUGUCGUUCGCGCGUGAAUUUGAUUGUUACGAUUUCUACGUAUUUGAAGUCAAGACGUGGUACGAGGAACCGGAACCUCCUAUGUAUCUGUUGCUUGACGUUAAACUGUUUUACUAUUCACUGUUGAAUGAUGGGUAUUGAAUGCUCUUCUUGUCGUAUCGGGCCAGUCAUGAUCUAUUUUCGCAGACGCAACGUUGUAUGAAAUGAAUGAUGGACAGAAUAUACCAAUAUGUAAAGGC